CCGGUCGAAGGUAGGGCGAUAUCCUCCUCCUCAACGAGGAUGACUCACUGACCUGCUCACCCAGUCCACAGCCCGGUACUGUGGCCGAUCGGAUUCGAAUCUUCCAAGAUGCCCAUCCAAUUGAGCGUCGAAGUCCUUCCAUUCUGCCGCCUCCACCAUCGUCGAAGCAAGAGUUGGUUUCUCUCCCGGCUGCAGACCGGACAGAGCCGUUGUCAACUGCCCCUGGGGUCUCUUCGAAGCCUGAUACCCAUGAUCCGGACGAACGUCUUUUAGACCAUGGACCACAACCUCUGAAACCAUCUUUCAAGUCGAAUUCUCUACCUGAAAAGCCUGAAUUACCUCUUCGCAAGCUAUCGUCGACUCGGCCAACAAAUAGCAAGGUACCAUCUCCCAGACACUCUCUACAACACAACCAAGUCCAAUCUCCGGAGCAAGCCAUUAGCCGUCGCAGCAGCAACAAGCAUAACGCUGGGGGAAACAAUAGGGAUGCUACCCAAACGUCACCAAAUCUCGCACAUGCUAGGUCGCGUCUCAAGUCAAUCGGUGACAGUAAGGGCAAGCGAGAUAUGGAGCCACGAUCACGUGCAUAUACCAUGGCCGAGUUGAAUCACUUGCUUGACAAUGCGAUCGAAGGCAAUGAUGACGAUGACGUCUUCUCCGAUCAAGCAACAGGCGAGGGUGCGUCCGGAAAUUAUCAACGCCGUCGUCCGCACACCGCUUUGGCUUCACAUAAACCAUCACUUGACCGAAAGCCUGAUCUUCGGUCAAGUAUCGACACUAUCAGGCCCAGGAGUAGCGAGGAGAGUGAAAGGGUUGUGUACGAUGAUGACAGGGACCCUCUCUACUGGCCACAUUUAGGUGUCGAGAGUGCUAGGAAGAAUAUGACUGUUACGAGGAGCUCCAAUCGCCCCAGGCAGCUAUCAGCCCCGAAGAUGGGUUCACUAGGAGGAGAAAAAUGUGAUCAACAAGGCAAGUCUGCAGCAGCAACUGAGUUAAGCCCCAUACGUCAAAAAGCUGCCAUGUUUGAACGACUGGGAACACAGACUUCUAGUCAUGAUCUGUCUUGUCGAGACAGUCUACACUUGUACCCGAAUAGCCAUCUUCCCAAAACCAAACCUAGGUCAAUCACGAGAAUGCACCGGAUCACGUUCGGCGAUAUCAUUGAGGAACGCUCUGGUACUCCUCUCAUCCCUCUCACUCUGCCAUCUCUAAUCCGUCCGAAAGAGGAUGAGAGCAAGGACGUUGGUCUUGAGGAACUACGUGACAGCGACUGUGAGACAAUUCAGGAUGAGUCGGGGUUGAAUGAUGGCUCAACACGGAAGUUGCGCAAGACAUCUGUGAGCUGGCCGUUUCAGUGGAACAUCUUCAACAAGAGCCCGGCGCCACCAAAAGUCACGGAAGCCGAAGAAAGAAUCAAGCAAGAUCCAGGAGAUAUCUCGGUUGAACCUGGAGUUGUGAAAAGUCGAGUACGAGAGUUGGCUCAGGCGGCGAAAGAAAGAGAAGAUAGUGAGAACAAAAAGUGGGCCCUCGAGAAAGACCGGAUGAGGCGCAGGCACAGCCGAAUCCCAACAGUGAUAAUGAAAAAAUCAGAAUCGCCGGCAAGCGAAGUCGCUCUCGAAUCCGUCAAACCUUCUCACCUACAGACCUUCCAAGUCCCGUCGUUGGAAGGUCCAGAUUCCAGACUUCGGGUACUCGACCUAGAAUCCGGGGGACAGCGGACGCCGCUUCACAAAGCGAUGACGGAGAAGCAGGUUUUGCCGACAACGGACACGAGCGAGACGAGCGAUACGCCUCAGGCAUUUGAGCCGCAGACACCGAAGCGCAGAAGAUCAACGAAGCCGGAACAUGGAUCUUUGGCAGGGGAUCAUGACACGCGAAAUGUCGUGGCACAGCAGUUCAACCUCAGCCCGGUCAUUGGUCGCAGCAUGUCCAGGAACGGGGGUGCAGUCAGAGUUGAAGUCGAAGUGCGCGAUAGUCCAGAGAGGGAGGCACGAGAACGGGGUGAAAAGAUUGUGAUUGUCAGAGCAAAUGUGGACAACCUGGAAGGUGUUUGAGCCAUGGGAUGACCACGUGUCAGGCCUACAAGCAGAGUGACAGGGGAGAUGUCUUGAAGUAUGAUAUCGAGGGUAUUUGUAAAAACACGAGCGGGAGGACAACGACGUUGGCAACGCCUAUAUAAAGUCUUCCCUAGUUGAUGUUGUUAGGAUACGACAGUACACGGCAUGUGUUGGCUGAGCCAAGCUGUUACUUUGAAUGAUUUCUGACAAGCUCAGGAGAGGAGGGCUUUGAGAUCAGCCCUAGACUCGACUUCGUCUAGCAUAUCUUUAAACUGUUGGUCACCAUGUUCAUAGGCCUGGGAUUUGAAGUAAGGCAUAUUGUCCUUGAG